AUGACGGUCCUCGAACGUGCGCCUGGCGACGUCAGCGCGGAUGUGCCCACGGACGUCACCCGGCGGGCUCAGAGGCGGCUCCUCCCGGACCCACGAAGAGGGCGUGGGCACCAGGAAACCGCGGGUGACUGGUGCUGGGGGCUGACAGCCCGCACCCGCGGGGCGGGCCCGGCCGAGCGGCCUUCAGGGAGCGAGCAGCCGCGCGCGCCGCCGAGCCCCGCCCCCUUCCCGAGCGGCCCCGCCCCUUUCCCGAGCGGGCCGCGCGCCCCCGAGACGCCCUCCCUGCGCGCCGCUGUGGCCCCGCCCUCUUCCCGAACGGGCCGCGCGCUCCCGCCCCGCCACCCCCCACCCCCCGCGCCUCCGCUGCGGCCCCGCCCCCUUCCCAAGCGGGUCGCGCGCUCCCGGCGCGCCGAGCUGUGCCGCGGGUGCGCGCGCCGCUGCCGGCAGAGCCGCCGUUAA